UUUCGUCGCGCGCCAAAAUUUAAUCAGACGCGACUCCAUCAAUCGAUCGCAUCGACAUCAUCGCGACGACAAUUACUUUACAACUGUUGUCGAAGCUAUCUUACUGAUAGACAUACCCCAUUAUUGCAACAUCGAUUGUUUCAGCUGCUAGGCUUACGCGACGCGCCGGGCGACAGUAGCGACCGCGGUCCGAUCCCAUCAUACAGCUUUAAGUCCUUGAACGGAACAUUGUUGCGCAUCAAUCGCAAUGGAGGACUCAACGACUUACGGAUCGCCAGCCAACGAGGCUUCCCCUGACGGUAACCCUCUCCUUGCCCAGCCUCCUCUGGAGCAAGACGACGCUGGUGAUUCCGCCCAAGAUAUUCAAAUGUCCGAAAACGUACAGGAUAGUGAAACACCGGCUGCUGGUGCCGCUGGUUCGGAAAACCCUCCCGAUGACUCCGAAGCCCCUGCGAACGCUGCCGCUGGUGAUCAAGAGAUGGGCGAAGCACCUGCGGAUGGCAAGGACGCUGAGGCUCUUGAAGAUGGCGCUGCUGCCGGUGAAGAUGAAUCCAAGAGCAAAGAGGCUGUUGAGUCAGCCGCCCGCGAGCAUCUUAUCAGCCAAACGCACGCCAUUGUCCUUCCUAGCUACAGCACUUGGUUCGACAUGAACGCGAUCCAUGACAUCGAGCGCAAAGCCAUGGCCGAAUUCUUCAACAACCGCAAUCGUAGCAAGACACCUGCUGUCUACAAAGACUACCGUGAUUUCAUGAUUAACACAUACCGCCUUAACCCCAUCGAGUACCUGACUGUUACGGCUUGCCGAAGAAACUUGGCUGGUGAUGUCUGCGCCAUCAUGCGUGUCCAUGCUUUCCUGGAACAGUGGGGUCUUAUCAACUAUCAGGUCGACGCCGAGUCUCGCCCGUCCCCAGUUGGCCCUCCAUUCACCGGUCACUUCAAGAUUAUUUGCGAUACCCCUCGUGGCCUCCAGCCCUGGCAGCCAUCUGCUGACCCUGUUGUGAUUGAAGGCAAGAAGAGCAGUGAUACAGAUGCUAAGGCCAGUGCGCCAGCACCAGCCAAGGCGGAUCUUAACCUGGAAAUUGGACGCAAUAUUUACGAGGGCAACGCACAGGGCUCGUCCGUCACCAAGACAGAAGAGAAGGCCAACGGCGAGGCCACGGCUACAAAUGGUGUCACUAGCCUUGAUGAAGCUACAAAGACACCAGUGGUCAAGGUCACUUGCCACCAGUGCGGCAACGACUGCACCCGCGUAUACUACCACAGCAACCAGACCGACGCCUCUACCAAGGGCAAAUACGAUGUUUGCCCAACCUGCUACGCUGAGGGCCGCCUCCCUGCCAACCACACUGCUAGCAUGUACACCAAGCAGGAAAACCCCACAUACACAACCGUCUUGGACCGUGACGCUCCCUGGAGCGAUGCUGAGACUCUGCGUCUGUUGGAAGGUCUCGAACGAUUCGACGAAGACUGGGCCGAGAUUGCAGAGCAUGUCGGCACCCGCACCCGAGAGGAGUGUGUCCUCCAGUUCUUGCAGUUGGAUAUUGAAGAGAAGUACCUCGACGCUGAGGUUGGCUCUAGCGCACCUACUGGAUUGUCUUUCUUCGGACCUCAAAACGGUCAGCUCCCCUUUAACCAAGUCGAUAUCCCUGUCAUGUCCGUCGUAGGUUUCUUGGCCAGCUUGGCCGACCCCGCCAGCACUGCUGCCGCGGCCAACAAGUCCGCCGAGGAGCUCAAGAAGAACCUUCGCAAGCAGCUCGAGAGCGGCAAGAAGGCUUCCGACGGCACAAAUGGAAGCGAGGAGAAGAAGAAGGAUGGCGAGGAUGUCAUGGAUGUCGAUGCUACCAAGGAGGAGCCCCUCGCUGUAAAGUCGGACAAGGGCUCAGCUCUUGCUUCCAUCCCUCUGGCCUCUAUGGGUGCCCGCGCCUCGGCUUUCGCUUCCCAUGAGGAGCGCGAGAUGACACGCCUCGUGUCUGCUGCUACCAACGUUAUGCUGCAAAAGCUUGAGAUGAAGCUCAAGUACUUUAAUGAGCUCGAGUCUAUUUUGCGUGAAGAGCGACGAGAGUUGGAGCGUGGACGUCAGCAGCUCUUCUUGGACCGCCUGGCAUUCCGCCGCCGCGUCCGAGAUGUCCAGGACAGCCUCAAGGUCGCGGCUGAGGCCGGCGGCGAGCAAGGUGCCCGCCUGGCACAGGAUGCUAUGCGUGACGGAGACGCCAUGGGCUUCCAGCCCGCCUCAGCAGGUGGCAUGAUGCAGCCUUCUAUGGUAGAGGGCGCUGCUGUCAAGAGCUUCGAGGCCUAAGUUUAAUGCGUGGACGGAUGCUAAAAGGAGUAGCCCAGCCUGGCUAAGGGCCAAGCACGGAAGCAACCGGCCGAGGGCGUUGGUAGAUUGCCCGGAACCCAGCGCUUGAUGUGCACUAUAUGUGGAGGCGGCCAACAGAAUCGGACGAUGCGACACAGUGCAAUCGGGCCUUGCUUCUUACGAGGCUACAAAAAAGCUGCACAUUGGAAAGAUGAGCACGAGGCCGCUGAAUUGUCACGCCAAGCUUGCCGGUUAUUGGGCUUUUGUUACAUUUUUUUGUUCCUUUUGUUCUCCUUUGCCUGUUCUUUCUAUUUUUUUGUGUUGUUAUUAUUACAUUUUACAUGUAGCUGUAACUGGUAGGCGGAGUUAUAUGGGAUCUCAAUGAUGAAGACCGUUUAUUAGCG